AUUCUUCAGUUUCAAUAUUGUCAAAAAGCUCGAUGCCCGAGUAUUUUGAAUCUUCUGCGAUUUCAAUUAGAAGAAAUGCUGCAGGAAACGACGUUCAAAAGAACAAAGUUCAAAAUUGGCUUCACAGUGUGAUCGAGCGUCUCAAGUGGUGGAGUCCCGGACGAUGUCAGCAGCUCUUCGUCGAGAAUGAGCUCAUCGAGCUAUGCUACAGAGCUCGUGAGCAGUUCUGGAAAAACAAAGUGAAGCUAGAUAUCGAAGCUCCUGUCAAAAUCUGUGGAGACAUUCACGGACAGUUCGAGGACUUGAUGGCUCUGUUCGAGUUGAAUGGGUGGCCUGAAGAGCAUAAAUAUCUCUUUCUUGGUGAUUAUGUUGACCGUGGUCCAUUCUCCAUUGAAGUCAUCACACUCCUCUUCACCUUUCAAAUAUUGAUGCCUGACAAAGUCUUCCUUCUUCGAGGAAACCACGAAAGCCGCCCCGUCAAUAUGCAAUAUGGAUUUUAUCUGGAAUGCAAGAAGCGCUACUCAGUCGCCUUGUAUGAUGCAUUUCAACUUGCAUUCAAUUGUAUGCCACUGUGCGCUGUCGUGAGCAAGAAGAUCAUAUGUAUGCAUGGAGGAAUAUCUGAAGAUCUGAUUGACUUGACACAACUCGAAAAGAUUGAUCGUCCAUUUGAUAUUCCGGACAUUGGCGUCAUCUCCGACUUGACCUGGGCUGAUCCCGACGAGAAGGUCUUCGGAUAUGCCGAUUCUCCACGUGGCGCGGGACGUUCUUUCGGUCCGAAUGCGGUCAAGAAGUUCCUUCAAAUGCACAACCUGGAUCUAGUCGUUCGUGCCCAUCAGGUCGUCAUGGAUGGUUAUGAAUUCUUUGCGGACCGCCAACUUGUCACAGUCUUCUCGGCACCAUCAUACUGCGGACAAUUCGACAAUGCUGCUGCCGUGAUGAAUGUUGACGACAAAUUGCUCUGUACUUUCACAAUCUUCCGCCCGGAUUUGAAAGUUGGCGACUUCAAGAAGAAGGACAAGUGAUAUUUUGAUUUAUCGAAAUAAAGCAUUUUUUGUACC